GCUCAACAAGCAGAGGGGGUUCAGGUCGAAAACCAGUUAGAUAUCGUGCUGGUACGAAAGUGCUUCGUGAAAUUCGAAAGUACCAGCAAUCUACGAGUUUAUUAUUAAGGAAAUUGCCAUUUGCUCGAGUCGUUCGUGAAAUCGCUGUGGAUAUGAUGACUAGCGGUGACGGGGCUGGAUUGAGAUGGCAAAGUAGUGCACUUUUAGCAUUACAGGAAGCGACGGAAGCGUUUCUUGUUCAUUUAUUUGAAGAUGCAAAUCUUUGUGCAAUUCACGCAAAACGUGUCACGAUUAUGCAAAAGGAUAUUCAAUUAGCAAGGCGAAUUCGGGGUCCGUGGGGUGGUUUGGG